GCACCCGCCCAUUGUUGCUUUGUUGCCGCUCGCUUCACGUCCCCCAUCGAUCGAGUCGCCGGGUGCACUCACGCUACCUCCUACCCUUCCCUGCUGCUGCGCCCGCUUCCGUCUUCCUUUCUCUUUUCCUUCGUGCAAGCCCAGCAACUUCCUCCCUCGACAACGGUCGACAGUCACUCCUUUGACUUUUGCGCUCACAUUCACGACGCUCACUAACAGGCGGCUUGAUUGCCCCUGCCCAUUCUUUUCGCCAAACCACAUUCAUCGAGCGACAUCGACACGAAUCCACGACAAUGAAGGGAUCACUUUACGCUGCUGCGGCAGCGCUGGCGACGACCGCCCAUGCUGCGCAGUUCGUCAUGUACAGCCCAGGUAGCGACAUCGAUCUUGUCGAGCGCGCCGAUGCCAUCGUCACCCCAGGAAAGAUCAGCGCACACGUUCACCAGAUCUUCGGUGCCAGCAACGCUGCUUCGGAUAUGACUUACGAGUCCCUGCAAAAGUCGAAGUGCACGACUGUUGGCAAUGCGGCCGGUGCUGGAAACGCUGCAGACAAGAGUGUCUACUGGGUGCCUUCGCUGUUCGGACAGGCCAAGGACGGCUCCGGUUACGUGCGCAUUCCAAGUGGAGGCCACAAGCUCUACUAUCGCGAUGUCGGCAACGCCAAUGACAAGAAGGCCGAGCCUUUCGAGUUCCCCAAGGGCUUCUUCAUGGUCGCUGGUGACCAGACUCGCCGUGCAGCCAACAACGACAGCCGAGUGCUCACCACGGAAUGGAUCUGCCACUGCAAGAGCGGCCAGAACAACGGUGUUGACCAGAAGACCGGAUUCCCCGCAGAUGUGUCCAACUGCGACUCAUAUCCUGGAUUCGCUGGAUCCCUCCACUUCCCCCACUGCUGGAACGGCAAGAUGCCAAAGGUCAACGACAACAGCCACAUGGCCUAUCCAGAGGGCGAUGUUCAGUCCGGCCCAUGCCCAAGCUCCCACCCAACUCGUCUCCCACACAUCUUUUUGGAGAACUUCUACGACCUGGCCAAGGUCGCUGACAAGAUCAAGCCAAACUCCUUCUCCCUGUCCCAGGGUGACCCAACUGGCUACGGACUCCACGCCGAUUUCUUCAACGGCUGGGACGAGGGUGCGAUUCCAAAGCUCUUCGACGACUGCCCGCAGUCAUACUACGGCAACUCUGAUGUCGGCACUUGCCCCAGCUUCCAGGGUUUCGACACCAAGAACACCGACUGCAAGCUCACUCCGGAGUUCAAGGAGAACGUUGACUCCCCUGGCAAGUACCUUCCAGGUUGCAACCCAAUCUCGACCGACAACCCAGCGCAAAAGAUGAAGCCAGCUCCUCUCGGUGUCUGCUCCAACGAGUGCACUCCCGCUGGUGGUGCCUCGGAGGACUCGCCAGCCAGCUACGAGGCUCCUCCAAGCUACGGAAGCUCCAAGUCCCAGAAGACCCAGUCUACUACCUUGGCCACCAAGCAAGCCGCUUCUACGCCUGCCGGCUACUCCAAGCCAGAGGCUCCCAAGGCGGACGAGAAGGAUGAUGACAACGUUGUGUACGUCACAGCCAUGGUCACCGUCACUGCUCCAGGCGAGGCCGCCGCAACCCCAGCCGGCUACGCCCAGCACAAGCGCCACGAGCACAUCCACCGCCACAAGCGCCACCACUAGACGGAUAUCUCUAGUGUUGAUUCACGAUCUUCAAUUCUAUGUAAAGACGCUUUUGGUCCGUCGAUUUGUUCCUUGUUGAUGUGGAGAGAAGAUACUACACAUGUGGGCUUGCUUGGUCGAGCAGAAAUACGAAACUGGCGAAUAAAAAAUGAACAACCUCAAAUAACAACACAGAUGUGCGAUAAAAAGCAUUUUCAUGAUGAAGGGAUAUGAUAUGGAUGAGAGCGAUUUGCAGCACAGCGAAGCGGGCGAAAGCAUUUGGGCUUAGCGACUACGACCACAGAUAAACCCGUCGCGCAAACGACACAUUUUUAUGCACACAGCACAAGCAGAAGCCUCAGAUACCCUACCAACCAACACCCGACAACAUCUUCAUCAUGCUUAUCGCUCUCAUCCUUCAUCAGUAUUCAAUCAUCAUCGUAUUUGCUAGCGCACAUCAUCAUCACCAUCCCCUUUCACGACUCAGAUACCCCAACCUCAGCCCCCAACACCCCUUCUCGCCAGCUGUUGCACACGGCAGAGAGCCAAUUUUUCACGAAACGACCUUUUGGAAGGCAAACGAGAAUUUUCGACGAGGCGAUGAAAACUUAUACCUUUUUGCUUGCUUUGACAGCUUCCUGCGUUGUUUUGUCUGUUUUGACAUUGUUUAGAGAUUUGCAAAAAUUGCUUUGAAAGUAGUUUCUGGUGCGAUCUUGAACUUGAUUGAUUCUGAUUCGGA